GGAAUCAUUCAACAUCGGAUGUUCAGUUGCGGUAAGGGUAAAGAUGUCUCGCCGAUAGAUCGAAGUCAAAUCCUCUUGCAACAUAAUAUAUUGAGAUGGAGGUUAGCAAAUGGCCAAGAGAGGGACAGAAUUGGUAGAUCCAUGCCGAUGGCCAAAAAUAUGCAGAAACUUAAAUGGAACUGCUCACUGGAAAGAUCUGCAAGAACCUCAGAUAGAAGAUGCGAGCUUGCUCAUACGUCACGUCUUGGUGAUAAAGGUGAAAAUGUAGCAUUCGUGGCGAAUUCAAGCUUAUCUGAAGAGCAAAUGCGAGGAUUUAUACCUAACAUGAUCAAUGAUUGGUGGGAUGAACUGCACACUGAUCAUGUUUUCGAUCCAUCUAAUGAACCAAAAUGGCUUGGGCUAAAACGACACAAGUUGGCUGCGCUGUCUGCACCAAGCAUGAAGACGGAAUGCCUUUCAUAUAUCUUCGUUGCCAGUAUUAUCCAAAAGGUGUGUGGCGUGGAGAGAGAAUUUAUGAUAUCGGGAGACCGUGUCAUGGUUGUCCAAAGGAAUCUCGCUGCCCAAGAAAUGGACUUUGUAUCUAAAGGUGGUUGUUGCGGAUCAUUCUUGUCUAGUAUAUUUUUAAGUAUUACUCUUUUUCGAUCAGCAAUCUUUGUUCAUACCUUAUGUCGAUUGAUGUUUUCAAACACGAUGACAUUAGAUGCUAGAUCUUGA